AUGCAUUCCAAAGAUGGCUCGGAGAUUGCCUCCGUGCAUGCAGAUCCUUCAUCUUCUGCUAUGGGGUCUCCUCUGUGGAUCAAGGAUCUGUCCGAUUCAGAGAGAAAGUCCAAGACAGGAUCUUAUGGGAGGUCCCAAAUCUGGGAGAGCUUGGGCUUGCCUGCCCCUCCGUAUAGCAAUACUCGUGUGGAAAUCAUUCAUUGGGUUAGGCCUCCCAGCAACUGGGUUAAGCUUAACAUCGACGGCUCCGCCAGAAACAACCCAGGGAUGUCAAGUGGAGGAGGCCUGGUGAGAAAUGAUAAGGGGAUGUUCCUUUUCGGUUUCUUUACUGGCUAUGGGAAGGGAUCCAAUAACAAUGCGGAGAUGAGAGUAGCUUAUGACGGGUUCAUGUUGUCUCUCAACAGAGGUUUCCGGUAG